AUGUCCAACAGCAGCUCCAUCACCCAGUUCCUCCUCCUGGCGUUUGCAGAGACGCGGGAACUGCAGCUCUUGCACUUUUGCCUCUUCCUGGCCAUCUACCUGGCUGCCCUCCUGGGCAACAUCCUCAUCAUCACAGCCAUAGCCUGUGACCACCACCUCCAGACCCCCAUGUACUUCUUCCUCCUCAACCUCGCUGUGCUUGAUAUCGGGUCUAUCUCCACCACUGUCCCUCAAUCCAUGGCCAGUUCCCUCUGGGACACCAGGGCAAUCUCCUACUCGGGAUGUGUUGCCCAGGUCUUCUUUUUAUUCUUCUUUUUUGGUGCAGAGUAUUCCCUUCUGACCAUCAUGGCCUAUGACCGCUACCUUGCCAUCUGCAACCCCCUGCACUACGGGACUCUCCUGGGCAGCAGAGCUUGUGCCACCAUGGCAGCAGCCGCCUGGGGCAGUGGGUUUCUCCAUGCCCUGCUGCACACAGCCAGUACAUUUUCACUACCCCUCUGCCAAGGCAAUGUCAUAAAGCAGUUCUUCUGUGAAAUCCCCCAGAUCCUCAAGCUCUCCUGCUCAGAUGAGUACCUCAGAGAAACUGGGCUUCUUGUGUUUAGUCUCGCUUUUGCUUUUGGAUGUUUUGUGUUCAUUGUGGUGUCCUAUGUGCAGAUCUUCAGGGCUGUGCUGAGGAUCCCCUCUGAGAAGGGACGCCACAAAGCCUUUUCCAUGUGCCUCCCUCACCUGGCUGUGCUCUCCAUGUUUAUUCACAGUUGUAUGGUUGCCUACCUGAAGCCCCCCUCCGUCUCUCCCACAGCUCUAGAUCUGGUGGUGGCAGUUCUCUACUCGGUGGUGCCUGCCGCAGUGAACCCCCUCAUCUACAGC